AUGUCGAUUGUAAUGCCAAAGGGUUUCAGGUUCCAUCCGAAGGAUUAUGAGUUGGUGAACUAUUACCUGUAUGGCAAGGUGAAUGGGGAAGAGUCUGUAUCUCCACCACCAUACCUAAAGUUGCCUGAGGUUGACAUCUAUGGCGAAGAGCCUUGGGAGAUUUGGGAGAGAUUCGAACGGCAAGACGAAGAAUCCUUGUAUUUCUUUGCGAUUCACAGGAAGUUAAACCCCAAAGGUAAGCGGAUUGAUCGUAGGACAAACUUAGGGACAUGGAGUGAGGGUGAAAGAUCAAGACCAGUUGAUGAUGAGAAUGGGAAACCUAUUGGGACGAAGAGGAAAUUCCGGUAUGAGAGUGAUGAUUCUUUGCACCAUGCUGCUUGGCAUAUGGAAGAGUACAGCAGCAAUUUCUCUCCCCAUUGGGUGAUUUGUCAUCUCAAAAAGAACAAACGCUCAUCCGAAUCCAAGAAGACCAAGGAUACGUUAUGUGAAUAUGAUCCUCCAAGAUUGAGAGGGAUGAAGUGCAAUAAGAGGAAGAAUAACAAAGACUACCCAUCAACCUCCAUUAUGCCAAAGAGCAAGAGGUUAAGGAAAGUCGAUAACCAAGUUGUGGAGAACUCUUCGGUAAAGGAGAAGGAUUUACCACAAAGUUCAGGUGGCGCUAAUGACCAGCAAUUCAGUAUGCCCGGCAACAACAACUACUUUGAGAAUGGCUUACAACAGAUUUCAACUACUACUAGCAGUACUAACGGUAAGGAUCAACAAUUCUGUACUGCGGAUCUUGGUAACUUCAUGCCAAUUAGUGAUGUAAAUGUGGUCGAUAGUACGUACACCCCAUGCAAUAACAACUACUACAACUAUGAGAAGGACUUUCAGCAAAGCUCAACUACUACUUGUAGUACCUAUGAGCAUAUCAAUAGUACCAGUAACUUAGACUUCGUUGUUGGUCAUGAUGAUGGUAAUGUCAUACCGAUCAAUGAUGCAAAAGGUGACGAUCCCAACUCUUGGUACAAUCUAUGGAACACCCUACUAACGGAGGAUUACAGUGGCUGCUAG